UUCACAUGUAACAUAACCUCGAAAGUUAGUUAAGUUGUGUUUACAAGAAGGUUGUGUGAAUAUUUAUGGCGUAAACAAACAUUGAUUUAUUAAACUUGUUAAAUAAAAUUAUUAAAUAAUUUAAAACAAAAUGAAAACGUCACGACAUAAAAAAGCCAGGAAACAUUUAGCCUUUUACAUAAACAAUUUUAAAUUUAGACAACCUUAUCAAAUACUCAUCGAUGGAACAUUUGCAUUUGCUGCAUUAGAGAACAAAUUCAAUAUCCAAGAUCAAUUACCUAAAUAUUUUCAAGCAGAAACUAAAUUAUUGACUACGGCAUGCAUCAUUUUAGAAGUAGAAAAAUUAGGUUCCUUUUCAAAAGGUAUUGUAGGUGCAAUGCAUAUAAUUAAACGAUAUGCAGUUCAUAGAUGUGGACACGAGAAGAAACCGAUACCAGGUUCUAAAUGUUUGAGGUCUAUGAUAGGAAAAGAUAAUUCUUCUAGAUAUAUUAUUGCAACACAAGAUCGUGAUUUACAAAAUGAAUUGAGACAAAUUCCUGGUGUGCCUUUACUAUAUCUCCAUGGUAAAGCACCUACUUUGGAAACUCCUUCGGAGGCGAGUCAAAAAUAUGCUGAAAGCAUUAAAAGUAAUUUAGGAAUGAGUACAUGGGAGAAAGAGAAUAUGCAGACGUUAAAGAAAGAGGCAGGUUUAAUAAAGGAAAUUGAACCAAAAAGAAAAAAGAAGCAUAAGAAGGGUGGUCCAAAUCCACUUAGCUGUUUAAAAAAGAAGAAGAAAGUACAAACGGUACCAACAGUAUCGAAUAAACCAAAAUCUGGAAAAAUUAAGAAAAAGAAAAAAAUUAAAAUAGCGGCACAUGUUAAAGAAGCUCUAGUCGCUGAACUUUCAAAUAAAACUCAAUCAUCGUGACAGUAUUUACCUCAUAUCAAUAACGGUAACGAUUGAUCUAGCAUAUCAUUUUCUUAUUUGUUUUUUCUUUUUUUGUUUUUAUUCAUAAUACAAUAUCUCAAUUUAUUUUAUUAAGAAUAAAAUAUUUGUUUUAACUUUGGCUGGUUCAAGCUGGAACACAUCUAUCAUUUUGCUGUCGAUGACAUAAAAAAUGUACUCGUUAACAGUCAGUUAGUUUUAAAAUACAUUAUACACGCUAUUUAUAAAUCGUUCUUUUUAUAGAAAUACAUCCAAAUAUAAUAUACGCAUGAAGUAUAAUACCAAAAUAUGGCAAUAAUUUGUUUUUAAUUGAUUCUCUAUUUAACAAACAUGAUAAAAGCCCGAGAUUUAUUUACUUAGAAGCAUGGAAGAUUAUUGCUUAUGUAUAUAAUGUCAUGCUGUCUAUGAUACACAAUUGAUGUAAAAAAAUGAUCAAAAAUACAUUAUGAUUUUCAACAUUCCUUACAAUAUUUUCAUGUGUAACUUGCCGUAUAUUUAUAUUUAUAUAUAAUUUGUAAUAUUAUGAAAAUAUUAGUUAUUGUAUUCUAUGUUGGAAAGAUUAGAAAUGUUGAUAAAAUUCUUUGAAAAACAAAUUAUACAGUAAUUCCUACGUAUAGUAUUAAAAUUACUAUCUUCUAAAUUAGGACUUCUCAAACUUUUCCACUUGGUGAGGCUUUUCAUACUUUGAGAAGCCCCUGUCCUAACGUAUGUAUAUAUAAGGAAUAAUAUUUGGAAUUAGGAAAUAUUUGCGUCGUAGAAAGAAUAUAUAUGUAAAUAAGAUAUAAAGACGAUCGUCAGAAAAUGAAUGUAAACGCUAUAUUAUGUACAUAUUUUCUUAAAAGAUACAAGAAACAUUUUCAACAUUAUAUGGAACAUUGACAUGCGUGUACAUGCAAAUGAUAUAAUGUAUUUCAAAAUGUUAUAAACUUUGAAAAAUUAUUAAAAAGAAAAUGUCUAGGUAUUUAUAAAUCUAA